GCGCCGGGAAGAACGGCCAGCCUCCCAGAAGCUGGGUGGGCUGCGCCGCGCCGCUCGCGGACCUUCCCGGGUUGGAGAGGUGCGCACACUCCGCACCUCACCCAGCGGCUGCCAUCUCCUACUCAGGAGAUUCGCACUGGAGCCUGAGUUCCUGAGUCUUUGGAGCCACCACUUGCGAAUGCCCUUCGCUUCUACUGAGCCAUGCCCGGCAGCCCAGUGAGAUUAUUCCAGGUCUUAGAAGACCGUCUUCAAAAACCCAAAAUGAAGUUCACAUUUACACGCUGGUGCUUGACCCUCUUCAUCUUUCUGAAUCGCCCAAUUCCAGUUCUUCCUGCCACUUCAGAGGUCACCCACCCUCCAACAAUAGAGCCGGAGCCAUUUCUCUACCUUUUAGGAAAGCAGAGACUGUUGGAGGCACAGCACAGAUGCUAUGACCGAAUGCAAAAGUUACCCCCAUACCAAGGAGAAGGUCUGUAUUGCAACCGUACCUGGGAUGGAUGGUCCUGCUGGGAUGACACACCGGCUGGAGUGCUCGCCCAACAGCACUGCCCAGAUUAUUUUCCGGACUUUGAUGUAGCAGAAAAAGUUACAAAGUACUGUGAGGAAGACGGGGUUUGGUACACGCACCCUGACAGCAACAUAUCCUGGUCCAACUAUACUAUGUGUAACGCUUUCACUCCUGAGAAAAUGCAGAAUGCAUACAUUCUGUACUACUUGGCUAUUGUGGGUCAUUCUAUGUCGAUGUUCACCCUGGUGAUUUCCCUGGCGAUUUUCGUGCUUGUUAGGAGCCUUAAGUGCCAAAGGGUGACUCUGCACAAGAACAUGUUUCUGACUUACGUUCUGAAUUCUAUCAUUAUCAUCAUCCACCUGGUUGAAGUUGUGCCCAACGGAGAGCUCGUGAAAAGGGAUCCGCCGAUCUGCAAGAUUUUGCACUUUUUUCAUCAGUACAUGAUGUCGUGCAACUAUUUCUGGAUGCUCUGUGAAGGGGUCUACCUUCACACACUCAUCGUGGUGUCUGUGUUCGCUGAGGGACAACGCAUGUGGUGGUAUUAUGUCCUGGGCUGGGGGCUCCCGCUGGUGCCAACCACUGCCCAUGCUAUCGCAAGGGCACUGUUAUUCAAUGACAAUUGCUGGCUGAGUGUGGACACCAACCUGCUUUACAUCAUCCAUGGUCCUGUCAUGGGGGCAUUAGUGAUCAACUUCUUCUUUUUGCUCAACAUCGUCCGGGUGCUUGUGAAGAAAAUGAAGGAAUCCCAGGAGGAGGAAUCGCACAUGUACCUGAAGGCGGUGAGGGCCACUCUGAUCCUGGUGCCCCUGCUUGGGGUCCAGUUCGUCGUCCUUCCCUGGAGACCUUCCCACCCAGUGCUUGGAAGGAUCUACGACUACGUGAUGCACUCUCUGAUCCACUUCCAGGGAUUCUUUGUUGCCGUCAUUUACUGCUUCUGCAACCACGAGGUCCAAGCCGCUCUGAAGCGUCAAUGGAACCAAUACCAAGCCCAGCGCUGGAGUGGCCGCCGCCGCGCCAACCGCGCCGCCAACGCUGCUGCUGCCACUGCCGCUGCCGCUGCCGCCCUGGCUGAGGCUCCUCAGAUGCCUGUCUACAUCUGCCAUCAGGAGCCAAGGAACGAGCCCACCAACAACCUAGGCGAGGAGGGGGCUGAGGUCACCGCUAUGGAGGGGGCUGAGGUCAUCACUGUGGAGGGUGCUGAGGUCAUCGCUAUGGAGGGUGCUGAGGUCACCGUUAUGGAGGGUGCUGAGGUCAUCGCCAUGGAAAUCAUCGAGCAAGAGUCAUCCGCUUGAAUGUGACGCAAACACAACAUCGUGAUCACUGAGCCCUCAUUUCCUGGGAGAAAGACCGACCAUGCAUUUAAAGUGAUUUCCAUCCUCCCAGGAGCAAACAUCUCAUUUGUCCAUAGUGAACCUGAAGAAAGUUUUACUUGGUACUGUUGCUACCGGGAGACAGUCUAGGAAUGGAGUCUCCCUCUGCAACACUUGUGAACUCCUGUGAAUUCCAUCUUUCAUCCAGGACUGAGAUACAAAUGUCAUAGUAAUGCAAGCAAAGUGUCCGAGUAAAACACAGUUAAAUUGACCUAGUUCAGAUACAGGGUGCUCCUUGUUAAUCUUGAGCCAUUUAUACCUUUGAAAAAUUAAAAUCACUGUCAAUGUUUUUCUUUUUAACUCUAAACUUUGAGUUAGGAUACUUCUGUAUUUGGCUAUGGAUCUGAUUUUUAAUUUUUUUUUUAAUUUCUAUCAAUUCUGAUGUUACUCAGAUGUUUUACCAUCCACACAAUGUAAACUGCACAAAUUACAAUGUGACCUCCCCAAGACAAUGUGGCUUUCUAAUAUAGAGAUGACCAAGUGUGUGGGGGGGAAAAGAUUUGCAUUUGGCAGGAAAAUGUAAUGCUUUGAAUGAAAAAGAAAUUUAGAGUCAGUUUGCUCUAAACCUUAGAUGGGUCCAUUUGUUAAUUGGUUUACUAAUACUGACACUCAUCUUUGUUUUGGAUAAUCCUAUCUGUUGGGCAGGCCCUAACUGCUGUGAGGAAUUGGCCUUCAUGUUGCUAACACUUAUAAAUUGGGAGGUCACAAAGAAUCCAUCACUAAAUUUUUCACAAAACUGCCAAAAAUAUAAUUCCUAGUGGAAGAGAAUACUCUCUUUAAAGAGAGUUUUCCACUUUCCUAAACUCCAGGAUUUAUAAAGCAAAUCAUUCCAAGGUUUAUAAAGCAGAUUACCUCUUGCCCUUGGGUGCUAUCUAGCAGUAAAAAAUUUGUUUAAGACUCGUAAUUAAAAGACUCCAUACAAGUCCAUUAACUGCUUUCCACCCAGCUUCUAAACUUAACAAGAUCUCAGCCUUUUCCAGGAAGAUUCAGUAGGACUAAUUAGAAAUCAGUUUGUAGUUGACCUCUUGUUUGCUGCUAUUAGUGAAACAGGAGGGGGAAAAAAUUAACUGCUACAAGUUUAACUAUAUACCAACUCAUUUAAAAUAAAAAUAGACUUUCUCAUUAAAAUCCAAUGUUAUACUCCCAUACCUCUCUUCCUGCAAUAUAAAAUCUUCAAAAAUCCCUGAGUAAACCAGUAUCAUUACUGGCACCUGAAAUUAAUUUGUGAAUUUGCAACAGUAAUCAGUUACCGUUAGUUAAUUUGUAUGCUAAAUGAGGAGAUCCAUUGAAGCCCUCCAAAUCUCAUCUCAUGUACAUCAUCAUAUGCCACUGCCUUUCAGAAAUGAUAUAGUUUUGGAAAGACAAAAAGUUGAUUUGUUCUGGUUGCAUAUUUAGUGCACCCAAAGAAAAUUAUAUUCUUUCACAGAAAAUGUAUUUUGGAUACUAAAGUAGCUUAAGUCUCCUUUACUUGAAUGUAAGGGAGGAUUUGAAAAGAGGGUAUUUUUCCAAUCACAGUGUUUAUGUAAUAGCGUUUCUAUUUUUGUUUACAAACAUGGAAAACAGAGUAUUUCUGGCAGCUCUAGUACAAAUGUGAUAAUAUUUUGCUGAAAUAUUCUAGAUGCUAUUGUGCUAAUAUAGUGUGGCUGAAGAAAAUCAAACAGCUUACUAUAGAAUUGUGCACAGUGCCAAAAUUAUGUGAAAUGCUUAUGCUACAUCCAUGUAUGAAUUAAUACAGAGUAUGUGAUAAGCAAAAAGUUGUAUAUGUGCAUAUUUUUCUAAAGAAGCAUAUUCUUUAUCUUUUCA